AUGUCGACGCCAUUGCCUCAGCAUCAACUGUUCGUUCCAUCUCGCCCGCAACGGCAACGCGGAAGCCCUCGUGCGACAAGGGUUCGUGGGAGGACUCUCCCCGCGCUUCUCACAACCGGAAGAGCACCCGAAGGAAACAAUCCUCCUCCCGACCCAACCGUCGACUUCCAUCGGCUUCUCUCUUCGGGGACCCUCGAGCCUGAACAUAUCGCCUUCCCUUCCCUGUUAAAAACCUGCUGCGGCCUCCGCGCCGCCGAGGAAGGGCGGCAGCUCCAUGGGCAGGCUGUCAAAAGAGGCCUCCUCCUCUCGGAUGUCUUCGUUCAGAGAUCCCUGAUCAGGAUGUACGCUAGGUUUCUUGCUUGUGAUGACGCGCUCAAGGUGUUCGAACGAUGCUCCCAACCGGACAUCGUCUCUUGCAACGAUUUGAUCGUGGGAUUGUGUAGGAUCGGGGAUUUGGAUGCUGCAAGAAAGGUGUUCGAUGGAAUGGCUGAUAGGAAUGUGGUCUCUUGGAGCGUCAUGGUUGAUGGGUACGCGAGGAACGGGUCGCUGGGGAUUGCACAGGAGCUCUUCGAUGCGAUGCCCGAGAGGAACCAGUUCUGUUGGAACUCGUUGAUUUCUGGGUACUUGAGAUGCGGUCACGUUGAGGUCGCUCGAAGGAUCUUUGAUCGAAUGAGGACUCAGAGGGGUGUCGUCACUUGGACGGCUAUGAUUUCGGGCUAUGUGCAGAAUUCACAGUAUAAGGAGGCAUUGGACCUGUUCCUCGAGAUGCAAGUCGCGGGCGUCCCGCCGAACAAAGUCACCAUUGUGAGCGUCCUUCCGGCGGUCACGGAGCUUGGUGCUCUUGAUCAGGGGCGAUGGAUCCAUGCCUAUUUGGACAAGAUGGGUGUAGAAGUCGACUCGGUACUUGCAUCCGCUCUCGUGGAUAUGUACUCCAACUGUGGCUGCAUUGGGGAUGCCAUUUACGUCUUCGAGAAGCUCGAGCACAAGCAGUUGUCAGCUUGGAACUCCAUCAUCUCAGGCCUUGCAGCUCACGGUCGUGGAAGAGAUGCCCUCCACCUGUUCUACAGAAUGCAGGAUGACUUCCAAAUGAUCCCCAACGAUGUCACGUUUACUGCCAUUUUAAGUGCUUGCAGCCAUGCAGGUCUUGUCGAGGAGGGACGCAGACUGUUCCAUCUCUUGACGGAGCGUUACAGGUUGAAACCAAACAUAAGACACUACGGGUGCAUGGUUGAUGCCUUGGCACGUGCGGGGUGUCUAAAAGAGGCCGUGGAGUUUGUGGAGACUAUGCCGGUCGAGCCUAAUUCUGUCAUCUGGAAGUCGCUAAUCAGUGCUUGCAGAAUUCACAAGAACGUUGGACUGGCUGACCGUAUAUGGAGAAAGAUAACUGAAUCGGGUCUUCGAGACAGUGGUGCUUGCGUUUUGAUGUCUAAUAUCCUCAAGGAUGUUGGUCGACCUGAUGAUGCAGGCAAAGUGAGAAAGCAGAUGAAUGAUUUGCAAGUGAAAAAGGUUGCAGGCUGCAGUUGGCUUGAAUUGGAUGGAGUGAUUCAUGAAUUCUUGACGGGCAGAGAGAGCUUUCAUGCUCAAGGCAUGCAGAUUCGUAGUUUGUUAUACGAGAUGCAGGAGAUGAUCAAACUGGAGGAUUAUAAUAUAGAUAACUUGAAUUAG